UUGAACCCAAUAAUCAAUAGGUUCAACUACCUCCGGCCCUGCCUUCAGAUUCUCUUUCCUUUUGUGUAGGGUAGAUUUUCAUCAAUACUUAUAGAGGUUCCUUUAUUGGGAAAGAGAAAACCAAAAGGAGGAAUUGUAAUUUUGAUGGUUUCGAUGAUGGAAGGAGAAAAGAGAAAGCAAAGGCAACACCAACAAGAUAAGCCAUAUAGAGGUAUAAGGAUGAGGAAGUGGGGUAAAUGGGUUGCUGAAAUUAGAGAACCAAAUAAAAGGUCUCGAAUUUGGCUUGGUUCUUACUCUUCCCCUGUUGCCGCCGCUCGAGCUUAUGACACCGCCGUAUUUUAUCUCAGAGGUCCUACGGCUAGGCUUAAUUUCCCUGAAUGUAUAGUUAAUGAUGACCGUGAACUUCACGAUCUAUCUGCUGCUUCUAUUCGCAAAAAAGCUACUGAAGUUGGUGCUAGAGUUGAUGCUUUGCAAACUGCCGCCCUUCAUAAUAAUUCGUCUGCAGGUUCUACUGAAUCCAACAGUAAUUCAAAUAUUAACCCGAGAAGGGUUACUAUUAAGCCGGAUUUGAAUGAAUAUCCUAGCCCUGAAAGUUGCGAGGAAGAUAACUGAAAUCUGCAGCUUUUAAUUAGUUCGAUCUCAAGAUUACUGGCAAAAAGGUUCACAUAAGUUCUCAAUUGGACCGGACCAAUACUGCUUCUUCAAGCCACAAGCGGCGAUUAUAGAGGGAAAAAAGGAAGUAUUAAUUAUUAUGGUGAUAGAUAUUGAAGAUAUAUCCAUGCUGUUAUGAAUAUAAUCCAAAGGGAUUAUAUGUUAAUAUUCAGUUUGGUAGUUGUUAAUUAGAAAAUCCUAAAUUACGACAGUAUUGAUUGUUACUUGUUCCUUUCUUCUUUGAAAUCGUGUUCUUUAAUUUUAACUUCAGUUUCCGAUUUUGUUACUGUUCCAUUGGGUGAUGGUCAUAUGUGGUUUAAGGGAGUUUGGGAUAGACCAAGACCAAUAAAUGAACGAUAGUGUGGAAAUUA